AUCCCCCGCCCGCCGAACGCGUUCAUGCUCUUCCGCUCCGAGUACUGGCGCCAGGAGAAGACCAAGCCCCAGGCGGAGCGCGACCACCGCCAGAUCUCCUGCACCGCCGGUGAGCUCUGGAAGCAGCUCUCCCCCAAGGAGCAGGCGCCCUUCCGCCUGCUCGCCGACGAGGAGAAGGCCAAGCACGCGGAGCGCUACCCCGAGUACAAGUACUCGCCCGUGUACCGCCGCGACCGCCCUGCGAAGCGC